GGAAAAAGAGUUUUCAUCUCGUGUCUUCUUCGUGAUCUGAUCGUGCGAGAUCGGCACUAGUCGUGGAACCGACCAGAAAUUGGCGACGUCGUUUGCGCGAUUGUUUACGCAAAAGUAGUCUCCUUUUCUCGGUUGAUCGUAGUUCCCGACUUGUCUUCGAGAGAACCUUCGGAAAAACUAGAAAAGAUAGAGGCAACUCUUCUGUGUUUACUGCCCGGACUUUCAUCAAUUUUUACAACCAGACGCUGACUUUUACGCCCUAGCCCUGGGGUAGUUUUCGUUUUUUCUAGUACAGAAACAAAAUGGCGGAUGAAGACACGGAGCCCAAGUAUCAGCUCCGUGUAAAGGAGGAUGGAGAUGUGAGGGACACUUCGAAGCAUUUUGACGGUGCGGCAGUGGCCACGUACAGGCUUCGAUUUCUGAUAAUUGAUACAAGUUCAUCAGUUGCCUUCUCCUCAAUCAUAUUUUUUACCUUUCAUAUGGGUGUCGUGUUUGCAUUCAAGUUUCUGGAACCGACACAAGGUAUUUGAACGGUGAUAUCUACGAUGGAACCUUCUUGGCCGGUAGGCGGGAUGGUACCGGAUCCUACACCUUCUCCAACAACGGCGACAAGUACUAGCACACUUUUUCGUAUCUUCUGAAGAUUGCGCAAGACCACAAGAUUCUUCUUUGUGCUCACGUUGUUGCUCCUUUUGUUACCCCCGCGCCAAAGGAACGGAAUUUAUUUUCGUCUCAAUAGUUCUUGGAGGACGGCGAUUUUGAGUAUUUCUAUUUUCUGGCUGCCGCCUCGGAGGAGCGAAUAAAUUUAAAUCAUCAGCGACCUCUUAUACAAAAUAAAAGGUAUGUUGGCGGAUACCUGGAAAACAAGCGCAACGGUAUGGGAAAAUUUUGCUACGGUUCAGCAUACGCGGAACCACCAGUAGGAGAGUGCACAACUCGCCCUCCUCCUCAUUUAAAGCACAUGGGCCGCAAAAGAAACAACAACAGAUCAUCAUUUCCAACCUAAUUCAAGCACACUUUUCUGGAAGCGCACUUUUCUGGUGCUGUUCCGGAGGCCGGUUUUUACUUAGUAACAGGUCCCCGACUACCGCUUGUCAUGCAAUGAUGUGUUAGAUACAGAUUGGUUUUGAUAGUGUGUUGUCUCCAGGAGUUGUGCGGUUUUGAGACAUAUUUAUGGCGUAGUGCCCCGUCUUGAUGGCCGACUUCUUUGUUUCGCAUUACAAACAAAGGUGGUAGUGUCCUCCCCGGCUAAUCGGGCUUGGUAGCGGAGGCUCGUCAGCAUCACAAUUGAGGUAGUAGAUGGGGCGGCUGUGCACUCUCAUAGCGAGAAGACGAGGAAUCCGCACCCGCGAGAGGGGGUGAAUACCACGGAGAGUAAUAAAUAUUGUUUUUAUGAAAAAUGAAAUAUGUACAUUAGUCUGAUGUGAAUCGAGAAAAUACUUUUGAUCUUGCAUGUAUAAAUAUUUCAUAGUAGGUAGAAUUACUGUUCUUAUCAAUGCUAGACGCUUCCUCAAAGGUGGGCCGAGAACAAGCGGGAAGGCGGGGGUACUUUCAAGUACGUGAAUGGAGAUACCUAUUCCGGCGCCUGGAAGAACGGGAAGAAGCACGGCAAGGGUGUGUACCGAUACACCCGGGACGGGUCUACCUUAUCAGGAAAGUACUUCUAAAUAUUUGAUUGUUUUUGCUUUUGGUUCUCGUCUGUUCAUGCUAAGAGCAACAGCCUGAAUGUUUUCAUAACGAGCCGGCUGUUGAUCUCUCAUGUCAAGCUGCAGAAGUGACACGUAGAGAUACCUAUCGGUCUUGUUGUCUUUUUCUGAGGUGGGCCGAUGGGAUGUUUGUGCAGGGAACGUGGACACUAUUGAACGGCGUGAAGUACGUGGGAUCCUUCAAGUGGAAUCAGCCAAUAGGAAGUGGUACAAUUGUCCUUCAUUGAUUCGAUGCGCCUGCUCACGUUCAUGAGAAAAAAUGAGCAUCUGAAACAUACUAGCAAGGCGUUCGGACUGACCUCCACGUCGCCGUCGAAGUUGUGACUCUGCAUAAAAAUUCGGAUUGAUGAUCAUGAUAUUGAGUUAGGCUUUGACCACUUUGCGUAAGAGUACGACAUUGAACUUCUGGACCCUUUGACCGCAGGCGUUUGGGUCUUUCCCGACGGGAACCAGUUGUGUGGGAGCUUUACCCAGGUGGAGGAGCGGGAAGAGGAGGAGACUACGGAAGAGGAGCAGGUCUCUGACAAGCCCCCCAAGAGCGUGACAGUAAGCUGGAAGUCUGGGGUUAGUGUGCGGGUGAACUGA